AUGGCUAUGGGUAGAAAGGCGCCAAGCGCCCACAGCCGAGGCCGGCGGGCGGCCCUGCUCUGGCUUGUGCUGCUGCCGGCAGGCAUGCGAGGGUUCUGGUCGGAGGCCUCCCGUGCCCUGGACCCCGCUGCAGUGUGUGGGAAGCCCAAGGCGAUGGGGAGGAUCUACGGCGGCCAGGAUGUGUUGGCGGGCCAGUGGCCAUGGCAGGCCAGCCUGCGGUACCAGCACACGCACGUCUGCGGAGCUGUCCUCAUUGACCCCCUCUGGCUGGUUUCCACUGCCCACUGCUUUCUCAACAAAUCCCACGCACCAGCGGACUACCAGGUUCUGUUGGGAAGCACGCGGCUGUACCAGCACACCCAGCAUGCACAGGAGAUGUCCCUGAGCCGGAUUAUCGUGCACCCAGACUUUGAGAAGCGUCACCCCUUCGGGAGCGACAUAGUCAUGCUGCAGCUGCACCUGCCUGUGAACCUCACCUCCUACAUCGCCCCUGCCUGCCUCCCGAGCCCUGGCAUGCAGCUGUCCAGCGGCUUGUCCUGCUGGAUCACCGGCUGGGGGAUGCUCAGCGAGGACAAGCAUCUGCAUUCGCCCUUCCGUCUGCAGGAGGGUAAGGUGAGCCUCAUUGAGAACGAGUUCUGUAACGUCUUAUACAGACAAAGACUUAGCAACAGCAAGACCUACUCUGUGCAAGAGGAGAUGCUGUGUGCUGGGGACUUCUCGACGGGAAAGGCCAUCUGCCAAGGCGAUUCUGGGGGCCCCCUCGUCUGUGACCUCCCCACAGCCUGGGUUCUGGUGGGGCUGGCCAGCUGGGGCUUGGACUGCCGGCACCCUAUCUACCCCAGCGUCUUCACCAGGGUCGACUACUUCACUGACUGGAUCAACAGGAUCCGGAGGCUCACACCUCCCCCUGAUCCCACAUCUGCUCCUCAGACCGGGUUUCCAGACCAGACUCUGCAAGCUGUCAGCCCAUCUGGGCGUGGCCCAGCCCUUGUACCUCCCCAGACCUGGCUCCUGCUUGCAGUUUGCGCUCAGGGACCCACGGCAGGCCCCGCGGUGACCCGCUGA